ACCAGUUCAAAGGAGGAGGCGUGGAUAGGACUUUUGUUACCUGUAUUAGAGUACCUGCAGCUACAUGGAAAGAAUUUAAGAUGUCGUCAAGGGAGAGGAACUGCAACCGAUGUGUCACGGCUUCAAUACAGACGAGAUUCUAUUGAAAAAGAGGACAUUGCACCGGGUGUAAAUGUACCUGGCGCUAGCAAGAACAAGUGAGAAUACAUAACUUGCCCUACUUUGAUACAAAGGACGAAAUAUAAGAACGCUUCACUCGAGAAUUCAUCUUUCUCCUCGACCCCUCUCUCUCUCUCAUAAGUGUUUCGUUUUUUAACACGCACGUUUUGGAUCAACAUCACUCUGCGACUCUCACCUGUGACGCGUUGACAAUGGAUUUCAGACGGCUAAAUAUUUCAAAGGUGUUUAGAUUUGACAUUUUGGAAAACAGAAGUUACAGGCCUAUCUGCAUCUGGAAAGGUUAGGUAUUGUAGUGUUGCCAAUGUGAACGUAAGCGUGACCAUUUCAUUCUAGUGAAUGGCCAGUCCCAGAAGCGGUUAUGAUCAUGCACAGACCCCUCCGAAGGUGGACUUUUUACGUCUUCUUGUGUUUUGGCAUCAUCUACUUAAGGCUUGGGGCCCUGUCUUCCGUGGUGGCAUUGGGUGCCAACAUCAUCUGCAACAAGAUCCCUGGGCUGGCCCCUCGUCAGAGGGCCAUCUGCCAGAGCCGCCCGGAUGCCAUCAUCGUGGUGGGGGAGGGCGCCCAGCUGGGCAUCAACGAGUGUCAGUACCAGUUUCGCUACGGCCGGUGGAACUGUUCCGCCCUGGGGGAGAGGACUGUCUUCGGACAGGAGCUGCGAGUAGGUAGCCGGGAAGCUGCGUUCACGUACGCCAUCACGGCCGCCGGCGUAGCCCAUGCCAUCACGGCAGCGUGUAGCCAGGGCAACCUGAGCCAGUGUGGCUGUGACCGGGAGAAGCAGGGUUACUAUAACCAGGAAGAAGGCUGGAAGUGGGGAGGCUGCUCGGCAGACAUCAAGUACGGCGUUGAGUUCUCCAGGAGGUUCGUGGACGCCCGCGAGAUCAAGAAGACCACGCGCCGGCUGAUGAACCUCCACAACAAUGAGGCAGGGAGAAAGGUCCUGGAGGAGCGGAUGAAGUUGGAGUGUAAGUGUCAUGGUGUAUCAGGCUCCUGCACCACCAAAACCUGCUGGACGACCCUGCCCAAGUUCCGAGAGAUCGGCUACGUCCUGAAAGACAAGUACAACCAGGCGGUCCACGUGGAGGUGGUCCGGGCCAGCCGACUACGCCAGCCCACCUUCCUCAAGGUGAAGAAGACCCAGGGCUACCGCAAACCCAUGGAGACCGACCUCGUCUACAUCGAGAGGUCGCCCAACUACUGCGAGGAGGAUGCAGCCACGGGGAGCGUUGGCACCCAGGGGAGGCUGUGUAACCGCACCUCGCCCCACACGGACGGCUGCGACCUCAUGUGCUGUGGCCGGGGUUACAACACGCACCAGUACACCAAAGUGUGGCAGUGCAACUGUAAGUUCCAGUGGUGCUGCUUCGUCAAGUGCAACACAUGCAGCGAGAGGACGGAGGUGUUUACCUGCAAAUAAAGGGGCAUGACAUAACGGACCUACAGUACGGUACUAUGAUUGGGAGGGGCGUGGCAGGACUAGCUGGAUGACAAGGAAGACCCCCAGAGGAAUGUCUUGGAACAGGAAUAGUGAGAGAUUUAAAAAUAAAAAGGAAUGGAAUGUUCAAUAUCAGCUCUUCAUGGCAUCGUUUUGCACAGCAGAAUCUAUAUGAGCUUUUUAAAAGAAAAGUGAGGGCUAAAUAUCAAUAGGUAAUAAUACUAAAAUCUUUGACUGACUGAGAAAGAAUAAUGUGUGAUCAUGUACUGAUGUAAAAGUUAGGACUACAGGAAGCAAAUGGUGCCUGGAUGGGAACUGUGCAUUGCACUCUGGGAUUUGUAGUUAUUUUUUUCACAGAAUGGCUUCUUCAUGGAACAUAAAGACAGACUCUGGAGAUGUGGUAGAAAAUGACAGUAACUGUUGAGGGAUGAGACUGGCAUGAGACUCUAAAAGUCUUUUAGUGAGAACUUUUGAGUUUUACUUUCUUUUUCCACAGAGGGAGAGAGCAGAGGUGAAUAUUUGAGCCCCCAAACUUGAGGUGUUUUCUUUUUGGAGCUGUAUAGACAUGAAGAACGCUGUGUAAGUGUGGUGCCUUGGGGCGCAUUGAAAGUGGAGAAGUCUCUAUAGUAAGCCCUCUGCUGCCAACUGGAAUACGGUGGAGUAUGUUAGUUUUCCAGUCACACUGGAACUGUCUGUUUGAACACUGAAAAUAAAUUGUUUAUUUAUGUUAUAGUAUCUUAAAACAAAGCACUAACGGGUAGAAAUGUCUUUUUUUGUACUAAGUGUAAAAAUUACUUUUUAGAAAACUCUGACUGAAGAUAAUGCGUGUCUUUUAGAAUAUGGCCCCAUCCCACUAUCAAUCCCCCUUUUUCUAAAAUGGUUUCAUUGCUACUGGUGUGUUGACUACAUAAAAAAUCAACAAUACAGGGUAUUUCACAUCACAAUCAAUCACAUUGGUUAUAUUUUGCUGUAGCAUAGCUUUUGUUUGCAGUCAUUUAUGCAGCAGACGUUAGGCCUACAUCCUGUCUGGGUUAUUUAGCAUAGACAGUAGCAAGAGAACUCAUCUCUUAACCGCAAAGAUCCUUCCUCAAUUAUUUAAACAUGAUAUUGCUGGAUGUAUUGUAGAGUGCACUGAUAUUAUUUUCUAUUCAGAAACGACCAAAAUUAAAAAGAAAUAAUCUCCCA